AAUUUCGAUUCAGUACACUUUCACACGAGCGCGAAUAUUUUACAGAGCGGAUAAUAAAAAGUUUGUGAUUUUGUAUAAGUAUUUUUUCAAAAGAAAAGUGGCCAAAGUGUACAACAACACAGCAACAAUUACAGCCUAAACCGCUGUGUGAAGAGUAAUCGUAGAAACAAAGCAAAAAACAAAAAAAAAAAAUAAACAAGAAAGAGUUGCUGCAAGAUAUUAACAAACAAUAAGCAAUAGAAAGAAAGAGUGCCGCAUGUUUCGGAUUUCAUAUCAAAGUGGCAACCAAGAGCUGGCGUUGUAGUGUCUGUGCGGCAAACGCCUGUUAAGUAAAUGAGAUUAAGUACCACGCAUUGGCGCGCCGUACGGCGGUAUUUUUUAGUUUUCACCGCUAUUGCAUUGCUGCCCCUGGCGCUGGUCUAUCUGGUGCGAAACGAUCAAAUUUACCGCAUCAAAGGAUAUGAGGCGUCAAAGUUCAACGAUCACUUCGGUGAUCAAAGUUUUCGUUAUCCGGUAAUGUUGCUGGGGAAAAAUAAGGAUCUAACUGUAGCGGCAACAGGAAGUUCUCGUAAAAAAUUUUACAAAUAUGCUAAAUAUGUUAACGAGUCUCAUGUGCCAGUAUUGCCAGAGGAGUCCGUGCACACGCUCUCGCCGAACGAUGUGGAACGCAUCGAGAAGCGCAUGGAACGGCGGCGCAAACUGCUGCAGGAAAAAUGCGCCGAAUUUGGGCUAAAUGUAGUUGGUAACGACACUUGGCACAAGCCCAACGCCUGGGAGUUUUUAGUCAAUAAAAAAUAUCACAUUAUAUGGUGCAAUGUGUUCAAAGCCGCCUCCUCAUCAUGGAUGUUCAAUUUUAAUGUAUUAGCCGGCUAUUCGCCGGAUUUCUUACAACGAACCAAAGAAGUGUUCCUGAAUUUGGCAAGGGAACGCUAUCCACGCGUUACUAUUGAGCAGCUGCGAGAAGCACAAAAUGAUUCCACUACAUUCAUGAUAGCGCGUCAUCCAUUCGAGAGGCUUUUGAGUGCAUAUCGUGAUAAGCUGGUAUUUGCCAUACCGCACUCCUAUCACGACAAACUGGGGCGGCGUAUUGUGCGCAAAUACCGCAGCAAAAGUUUGGAUAUGAAUUCGCCGAAAUAUCCAACAUUCCCGGAGUUCGUGCGCUGGCUGCUGGAUCAGAUCAAGCACGGCAAUGUCCAAAUGGAUAUGCAUUUCGUCUCGUCGACGAUGUUCUGCACGCCGUGUGUCAUUAAUUUCGAUGUGGUCAUGAAAUUCGACACCCUCGACGAAGAUCAAUUAUAUCUCAUACACAAGACUGGCUUAACGCGCGUCAUAGCGCCAGAGUGGCGAAAUGCGGGCAAGGGCAAGAACACGCAGGAGUUGCUGCAAUCUUUCUACUCAAAGUUGACACCCAAAGAAAUGCACGAACUGUAUCAAUACUACAAGUAUGACUUUGAGUUAUUCAAUUAUAGUGCGUCAUCGUAUUUUAAUUUGGUACAAGAAAACGGCACCUGAAAAUAAUUAGGUCCUUCACCAUGGACAGCAACAGCAACGACAGCAGUAGCAGCAUUUUAGGUGUUUCACAAAGCAGCCACGCACGCACUCCUCAGAGCAACAACGAAGCACACACAUUUAUGUACACAAAUCUACAGCCAUAUACACGCCCACAUACAUGCAUGCAUGCACACAUACAUACACUGACAAAUCAUACAUAUGAACAAACAUACGUACAUAUACAAAAGUAAAAGCUAAAAACCAAAAACCAAAAAGCUCUAAGUAGAAAAUUAAAGUAAAUAAGUUAGAGAAUGACACAAUAAAAUUGUUCGCAAUGAGUAGUGGAUUAAUAGUGGAAAUUUAAUAAGUUUCGCAGUAUUUACGGCACUCUUUGCAUUGAUGAACUUGAAGUGCUACAUUGGCCAGAAAGUGAACAAAAAUUGUAGCCUUCAAAUAACUUUUAUAUGUAUCUACAUAUGUAAAUGUAGCAUAAUGAAGUAUUGAAAUAGUGCUUGCCACUUUAUCGAAAACCUUGCAUAUCCAGCUAAAUUGGUUGCAUAAUUGCUAUAUACAUACAUACAUACACACUUAUUACGAAACAGGCAGUAUUGGCAAGCGCUUGCGAAAGUCCAAGCCUUAGGUACAUAUGCAGAUAUGUAUGUAUUUGAGCAUUUUGAAAAGACACUGUACAAUAAUUUAGCCACGUAGUAUAACUGAUAAAUAUGAGCGCAGUAUGCGUAGUUACAUUUAUUGCUAGUAGUGCUAAGCUUAAAAUUUUUGCUAAUAAUUAAAUUAAAAUAAAGAAAUUACAACAUAAAAGAUUA